AUGUCCGUAUCGCCUACGUCACUGCCUCGCCGGCCGCUGCGCUACCUCGUCGCUGCUGCCAUCGCCGCCGCCCUCUUCUUCUACUGGUCCGCCAUCACCGAGCGCCUCUCCUCGCCAUUCCACGACUACACCGUCCAGGGCAUUCCCGCGACCAAUGCCACGCUAGGCUUCGGCCGCAUAUUCGCCGUCUCCAAGCAGGGCUCUCCGCGCCGGAGGACCCUCAUCCAGGCCGCCAAUGUCACCGAAAUCGACAUCACCAUUCCCGAGCAGCCACGCUGGACUCUGGAGGAUGAGGAAAACUUCAGGCUGCCCGAGAACUCGACCCUGGGCCGCGGCUCGCUGCUGGCCUGGCUGGGACACCUGCACGCUCUUCGCGAGUUCAUGGACUCCGGCGCCGAGACGGCCCUCAUACUCGAAGACGACGUCGACUGGGACAUUCGCCUGAAGUCGCAACAGAUCCCGCUCGUCGCGUCCGCCAUCCGCGCUCUUCUCCCCGACGCCAAGUACCCGCAGUACCCAUUCGGAAACCCCAAGAACUGGGACUUACUAUACAUGGGACACUGCGGCGACUACUGGCACGGCAUGGACAUCGGCUUCGACAAAGGCCACGUGGUGCCGGAGAACCUGACGGCGACUCCACACAUCGCCUUCAAGGACGAGUCCCUGCCCGACUUCGACAACCUACAUCCGUGGACGACGUCGCUGCUGGCCAACCUGAACAUCACGGAGCGCACGCGGCUCGUGCACCGCAGCCGCUUCCCGCUGUGCACCUUUGCCUACGCCGUGACGCGCCACUCGGCCAACCGGCUCCUGACGGAGCUGGCGGGGCGCGAGUCGUCGCGCCCGGGCGACCACGCCUACGACAUCACCAUCCUGCGCGGCUGCAUCUCGGACGGGCUGCGGUGCUGGAGCAUCAACCCGGAGCUCUUCCACCACGUGCCCGGCGACAGCAUGAUCGCCGGCAUCGAGCACACGCCCGACCGCGUCCCGCCCGUCGACGAGAGCGGCUGGUGGCAGGUGCAGCAGCGCGCCGAGACGACCAACAUCGACUGCGGCUUCUGGACCGGCGCCUUCGACUUCAAGGACAGAGAUUUGGACCGGCUGCGCUGGCUGCAGCAGGAGGUCGGCCGCAAGGGCCGCUGCAUCAAGCCCGGCAGGGAGCUCCAGACGCAGACGGUCGAGCGGCGGCCGCCGCCCAACGCGCAGCAGGUGCCCGCCGCUCAGGUGCCCAACGCGGAACGCCCGAAGAAGGCGAACCAGAACCAGGUCGCUUGA